ACCUCCAUUCAAAAUCGCACCGCCGCUGCUCUCCCCCCACACUCACCCACUCACUCACUCCCCCCGAGCUCAGCUCAGCUCAGCUCAGCCCGAGAACCAGCAGGCACCACCGCCGCUCACACACCACAGGAGGAGGAGGAGGAGGAGGCCGCGAUGGGCGAGGUGGUGCUCAUCUCCCGCCCCGGCGACGGCUGCGGGGGCGUGGGGGAGCGGAAGGCGGACCAGCAGGAGCGGCAGGGGCAGGUGCUGGAGCUGCUGCUCGCCGCGCUGCGCAAGUCGGUGGCGCUGCCGUGCCAGAUGGCGGACGCCGACGACCCGGCCGCCGGCGCGGGGGCCUGGGGGAUGGACAUCGGCUGGCCCACCGACGUCCGCCACGUCGCGCACGUCACCUUCGACCGCCUCCAGGGCUUCCUCGGCCUCCCCGUCGAGUUCGAGCUCCAGAUCCCCUGCCCAGCGCCCAGCGCCAGCGCCAGCGUCUUUGGGGUGUCGCCGGAGUCGAUGCAGUGCGGCUACGACGACAGGGGGAACUCGGUGCCCAAGAUCCUCCUGCUCAUGCAGGAGCGGCUCUACUCCCAGGAUGGCCUCAAGGCAGAAGGGAUCUUCCGCAUCACCCCGGAGAACAGCCAGGAGGAGCAUGUCAGGGAGCAGCUGAACAGGGGUGUCGUGCCUGACGACAUCGACGUCCACUGCCUCGCUAGCUUGAUUAAGGCCUGGUUCAGGGAACUACCCGAAGGUGUGCUUGAUAGCCUCUCACCAGAGCAAGUCCUGAACUGCAACACCGAGGAACAAUGUGUGGAGCUGGUGAGCCAUAUUCCUGUAACACAUGCUGCACUGCUCAGCUGGGUCGUAGAGCUCAUGGCCGAUGUCGUCGAAGAAGAGGAGUCAAACAAGAUGAAUGCCCGGAAUAUCGCCAUGGUUUUCGCACCCAAUAUGACACAGAUGUCAGAUCCUCUUACUGCUCUGAUGCAUGCUGUUCAAGUCAUGAACUUGCUCAAGACCUUGGUUCUCAAAACACUCAGAGAACGUGAGGAGGAUGAAGGAUCGUAUUCGACAUUUUCGUCAUCGCCCACUUUAUCCGAUGGACUUGAUGAGGUGGACCGUGAGCACGACCAAGGUGAUGGCAAUGACAGUGGGACUGAGAAAUAUGGCGAUGACAGUAGUGAAAGCUCAAAGAGUGUUGACAAGGCCAACAACCUGAUAACGGACAGCGAACAGCUAAUUGGUUCGUCCAGGAGGCACACCUCAUUUGAGUUCCGUUUGCCUUGCACCAUCAACAAUGACGACGAUGAUAAAUAUCCAUCUCUUAACGACAUCGAAGAAGGUUUCUUGAGGAGGCUAGAGUGGCAGGAAGUGAGCAAAGGCGGCGAUGAAAAAGACGAAGGAAGCAUCUUCUUUACCUCCACCAAAGAUGCAGAGCAGCUGAGCUCCUCUGAAACCAUAAGUGAGUCUUGCAGGGUAAGUGAUCAAACAAGUAGCACUGAAGAUGCAGUUGGUACUAACAGCAUUGAGCCGACAAUGCAAGUGGCGACCAGGACCGAAACUACAAGCGAGAAGGCCACAAAUGCCAAAGAAGUGAGCUGAUCAUAUGCUCAUUGCAAGGAUGCAGAUUUAUCUUUGGUUGCCAAUCUGUCAUCCGAAGGGGAGCCUUGGCGCAGUGGUAAAGCUGCUGCCUUGUGACCAUGAGGUCAUGGGUUCAAGUCCUGGCCCUUCCCUGGACCCUGCGCAAGCGGGAGCUACAUGCACUAGGUUGUCCUUUUUUUGCCAAUCUGUCAUCCAUGUAAUGUAACGCCUAGCUGUAACUUCCACGCGCUGCGUGUCAUUCAGUCAACACAGGGUUGAGGAACUUUGUCGCAGUAAUUUUCCGUUGCUGAGCUGUGUAAUUGAUUACUCAUGUGGUUUAAUUAUGCCGAAAUGCCUAGUUUCUGUUUUUGAGUAA